GAUGUUCUCAUCCCUUCUGAUUCCUGUCCGAAAGUGGGGUUUUUUGGACUCUGGAUUUGCAGUUGGGGCUUUCAUGGAAUUGAUUGAGUUCUAGGGCAAGUUUUGAGGAUUGGUUUAAUUUCUUCGGGAGAUUAGUUUCUUUCCUUUCAACGUUUGGUAGUAUGGGGCUUUUGCCCGGUUUUUAAAUCAGUGGAUGUGGAAUCAGGUUUUUGGGUUCUAACUCUUCUGGGAGGACCUUCUGCAAAAGGAAGUUUAAUGUCCUUUCUGAUUUCCGGGGACACACCAUAAGUAAAGAUGUUGCAUACUCAAGGAAUUUCAAAUCACACUUGUGGUCUCCUUGCAGUCACAUGUGGGAAAACUUCUGAAUGUAAACAGGAGCAUGAAACUUCGAAUGAUCGACCAAGAUACCCUUUUCCUGACUUUUUCUUCAGGGCGAUUGGAGGUUCAAACGCUGACCAGUCCGAGUCCUGAUGAGUUUCGUAGAGUUUUUGAAUCAGUUCAGCCAAAUUUUGUGUACUUUCAAGGAGAACAACUUCAGAAUGAUGAAGUUGGGUCUCUAGUAUGGGGAGGUGUUGAGUUGUCCAGUGCAGAAGAUAUAUGUGGGCUCUUUGGUUCCAAAUUGCCAACCACUGUUUAUCUUGAGAUCCCAAAUGGAGAAAAAUUGGCAGAGGCACUUCACUCUAAGGGAAUCCCAUAUGUGAUAUAUUGGAAGAAUGCAUUUUCUUGUUAUGCUGCUUGCCAUUUUCGUAAUGCAUUAUUUUCAGUGGUACAGAGCUCAUCUACUCAUACAUGGGAUGCUUUCCAACUUGCAUAUGCAUCCUUUAGACUUUACUGUGUUCGCAAUAACCAUGUCCUUCCAGCCAACAGCCACAAAGUUAGUGGUAAGUUGGGUCCACGCCUUCUUGGGGACCCUGCAACAAUUGAUGUUCCUCCUCCUGAGGUAGAUGCUGGGGAAGAUGAAGAAGGCUCUCUGGGCACUCUUCCUGCUAUAAAGAUAUAUGAUGAUGAUGUGGGCAUUAGGUUUCUUGUUUGUGGAGAGCCAUGCAUGUUGGAUUCAUGCUUAUUCGAAUCUUUAGAAGAUGGUCUCAAUGCCCUCUUGAGCAUUGAAAUACGCGGGAGCAAACUUCAUAACAGAGUUAGUGCCCCUCCACCACCUCUUCAGGCAGGGACGUUUUCUCGUGGUGUUGUGACCAUGCGAUGUGAUUUAUCCACCUGUAGUUCAGCUCAUAUCUCGCUUCUGGUCUCAGGUAGUGCACAAACUUGCUUUGAUGAUCAGCUCUUGGAGAAUAAUAUAAAGAAGGAAGUCACUGAACAGAGUCAACUAGUUCAUGCACUGCCAUACUCUGAGGGAAACAAGCCACCUUUGUCUGAACCUCGGAGGUCUGCUUCAAUUGCUUGUGGGGCAGCAGUAUUUGAAGUUUGUGCCAAAGUUCCUGCUUGGGCUUCACAGGUUCUGAGGCAGCUCGCUCCAGAUGUUUCCUAUCGUAGUUUAGUUGCACUUGGCAUUGCUAGCAUUCAAGGAUUGGCUGUUGCUUCUUUUGAGAAAGAUGAUGCCAAUCGCCUUCUUUUCUUCUGUACAAGGCAGGGUAAAUAUAUCCAUCCUAACAAUUUUACUCCCAGCAGGCUUCCAAGCUGGUUGAAACCACCUCCUCCUAGUAGAAAGAGAGUUGAACCAUCCCAGGACACAAGUCCUGGACAUCAUAAUGGUCUCGUGUUUGCAAAUCAAGCUACUUCUAGAAGGAUAGACAAAGAAGACAAAAAAACUGGAUUAGUGAAUGGUGUGACCAUGCCUCUACUACCUGCUGGGCAGAGACUGAAAGUUGCUGCAAUGAGGCCUAUUCCUCAUAUUCGUCACCAUAAAAUGUUGCCCUUUUCUGGAAUUUCUGAGGCAGAUGGGCAUGAUGGAGGCCAAGUUAAGGCUAACUUGUCAGUGCCCCCCCCUACGAAGCAUAGUAUUGUAGGAUCAACUUCUGCAAUGCAUCGAAAAUCAUUUUCAAGCUCAUAUCAAGCGAAGCAGAUAAUUUCCUUGAAUCCCCUGCCUUUGAAGAAACAUGGUUGUGGCAGAAGCCCUAUACGGGUUUGCUCUGAGGAGGAGUUUCUAAAGGAUGUGAUGCAGUUUUUAAACCUUCGUGGACACACUCGUCUCAUUCCUCAAGGAGGACUUGCCGAGUUCCCUGAUGCUAUUCUCAAUGCAAAGCGUCUUGACCUCUAUAACUUGUAUAGGGAGGUGGUUUCAAGAGGUGGCUUUCAUGUUGGCAAUGGCAUCAACUGGAAAGGACAGGUGUUCUCCAAGAUGCGCAAUCACACGGUCACUAACCGAAUGACUGGUGUCGGGAAUACACUGAAGAGACAUUAUGAAACUUACCUUUUAGAAUAUGAAUUAGCACAUGACGAUGUAGAUGGAGAGUGCUGCUUGUUGUGUCACAGUAGUGCAGCAGGGGAUUGGGUGAACUGUGGCAUUUGUGGUGAGUGGGCCCACUUUGGCUGUGAUAGAAGGCAGGGCCUUGGUGCCUUCAAGGAUUAUGCAAAAACAGAUGGGCUAGAAUACAUUUGUCCACAAUGCAGCGUUACAAAUUUUAAGAAGAAAGCGAAUAAAGCCCCAAAUGGUUUCUCCUGAGGUUUAGCAGUAUCAUGACUAGUGUGAUCUAUAUCUUUGUUAGAUUUAAUUUUCUCACAUUUUACACAUGAGAAAAUUUGUUAAUCCGUUCGGCCACUCCGGUUGGCAUGUAUUAUUAAGUUCCCAUCAUUUUGCAUUAGAGUUGGUUCACAAAAUGGGGAAGCAAGAGGUCAGUAACACAAACAAUGUGGAGAAAUGAAGUUCCCAGGCUUUUUUCUUUUCAUUUUUCCUUUUUUAUUUUCUUGGGGUAGAGGUGAGGGUUCGAGAGGAGAGGUCAGUUUUCAAGGGAGCGGGGAGAGGAGGAAUGGAAUGCCCUUAUCAAGGUCCUUCUAAGACAUUUCUCCAAAUAGACAUUUAUAGCUGAUGUAGUUUAAUGAAAGUUAAUUAUUGGAAAAUAUUUUACAUGUUUUGUCA